UGGAAAUAGUGUGCGAAUGGAGAAGGAGGGAUUUGUGCGAAGUCUGAGCACACUUUUGGAGAGGGGGGUCGAUGUGCAGCAAGUCGUGACUGACCGCCACACAGGAGUGCAGAAGUAUUUGCGGGAGGAAAAAAAGGAAAUCAGUCACUACUUUGACCCCUGGCACAUGGGAAAAGGAAUUGGUAAGAAAAUCGAAGAGCUGGGGAAGAGAAAGACGACCCAGGAUGUGAGACUGUGGAAGCAAAGUGUGGUGAACCACCUCUACUGGUCAGCAUCCAGUUCUUCCUCAGGACAGGAGGCAGUAGCAAAGUGGACUUCAGUUGCCAACCACAUCCAAAAUGUGCACAGCCAUGACAACGCCCUGUUCCCUAGCUGUCUGCAUGCACCUCUGGAUGGAGAACAGGCAAGACAGUGGCUCAAACCAAGCACAGCAUCAUGUGAGAAGCUCACUGCCAUUCUGUUAGCUCCACGGUUUGUGAAGGACAUAGAGAAGAUAAGCCCUCAGUACCACACAUCCACCUUGGAGGCUUUCCACAGUCUCUUCAUCAGAUUUACUCCAAAAAGUCAAGUCUUCUCCUUCAAAGGAAUGCUGUCUAGAUUACAAAUUGCUGCAAUGCACUAUAAUGAAAAUGCAGCAUGCUCACAUGCAGCAACAGCAACUGGUGAGCUGAGAUAUGCUGUAGUGUACCCAAAGUACAAACGUGGAGACUACACAGUGAGAGCCCUGAAGACCAAUCCAACCUCAUUAUAUGUGCACAAGCUUAUGGACCUGCUGUUCGACUCUGUGGUGGUGGAUCCUCUCCCAUAUCAGGAGUACUCGGACAAAAUUACGGUUCCAGAACCGCUCUGUGCCCAGUUCCAAAGACCAGAUAAACGGGAUGCUGUGAGCAGGCAUAGGUCCAGGUUUUAAAGUGCACGUAAGGUGAGCUACACAACAAGAGAUUGUAAUUAUUAGUUAGUAUUCUACUCUGUGUGGUUUUUCCUUUUCUCCUCCUCAGCCAGGCUGCUCACCACUGUACGACAGAGGAGUUACCUGUCGUCAUUAUGGAUCUUUAUGCUCAUCCACUCGUGACUCAUGCUGUCCACCUCCCAGAUGUCUAUUGAUCUCUACAACCUUUCUGCUCUGUGGCUCCCAUACAACUUGAAAAUCUUGGCCAGCCUCCUGAUCUUGUAACAGAAAAACCUGUGCUCCCGGGAUCCAUCUCCACGUUUGUCAUCACAGUGAAAGCUACCUCCAGUCUAAGGAACCUAUGAAACAUCACUGUUGGCCCAACCUCUCCUCACAUGGCUCCAGAAUCUCUGCUUGUGGUUUAGUUUUGUCAAAAAUCAUGAAAGUUAUGAUCAGAUUGUAAUCUAACAUUGUCUUAGUAGUAGCUAUAAUAAAUGUUAUCUUUGCA